AACAUCAAUACAGAUAAUGUAGGACAUCAAAUUUCGGCCCGUCUUGGAAAAAUCUUACCCAUACCUGAAGAUUCAGCUAAGGCAGAGACCAAUAUCGACUAUGAUAAUGUAUAUUUUGAUAAAGAAUUUGAUGAUGAUAUGUAUUUUGAUGAUGAGGUUGCUUUGCGAUCAGAUAAGGUAGAGCCAGGCCAAAGAAGUUCUUCGAACCAGGCGCUUUCGCAUGAUGAUAGUGACCAUAGUCACAACAAUUAUUCUGAAGAAGAGAUGCCAGAUGAAUCGGAUGACAAUGGAUAUAAUGGAUGUGGUAGAUAUAAUGAAUAUGGUGAAUCUGAUAGAG